AUGAAAUUGGAGAAAGAAUAUUUUUAAAUAGAAGAUGUAAAUUUUAAUAAUUAAAUUUAAAUUCUACUUAAACACAAUUAAACAAAUUUAUUGGCAAUAGAUUAUUAUAGUUAAUGUUUAAUAAGUUCACUAAAGAAAACUAAUUAAGAAUGUUCUUUAUGUUUAAAAGAAAUCUUUAGUAGGAAUUUCAUAUUUAGAUGUUGA